GGGCCGAGCGCCCCGGCCGGGGCGGUGCUGGAGGCCGGGCCUAGGAAGUGAGGCGGGGGAGGGCUCUGCGGCGUAGAGCCGGCGCGGUGGAGCCCUGCCCGGCCAGGCCCCGCUGCAAACCCCGGGCUCGGAGUCGUUGCUGCCCCGAGCGGGGCUGGAGCCUCACAGCGGCAACAUGGCUGUUGAUUUGGAAGAUGGAGAUGACCGAUUUCAGCACAGUGCUAACUCUGCAUAUAAACCAGUGAAUACUUCUUUCCAAGAAGAAGAGCCUCUGAUUGAGGAGCCAGUGGGAAACAGAUACAGUCUGCAAAAGCCGAAGGAUCACUUAAAUGGUGCCUAUGUUAUUUUUUUCAUCCUGGGUAUUGGCUCUCUGUUGCCUUGGAACUUUUUUAUCACAGCAAAACAAUACUGGAUAUAUAAACUUCAGAACUGCUCCAAUCAGCAGGAUCCAAAGGGACAUGGAGUCUCUGAUCUCCGUGACUACUUUGAAAGUUACAUUUCCAUUGCCUCAACUGUGCCUUCGGUGCUCUGCCUGAUUGGAAACUUUGUGCUAGUCAACAGGGUAUCUGCCAGCAUCCGCAUUCUGUCCUCCUUGGCUGUCAUGCUGGCUGUCUUCGUGGUGAUCACUGUGCUGGUGAAAAUGGACACAUCCACAUGGACACGGCGUUUUUUUGUCAUAACCAUAGUUUGCGUGGUUAUAGUCAGCAGUGCCUCAACCAUCUUCUCCAGCAGCAUCUUUGGCCUGACAAGCUGUUUUCCCAUGAAGAAUUCUCAGGCGUUGAUUUCAGGUCAGGCCAUGGGGGGCACAGUCAGUGCUGUGGCAUCGGUGGUGGACCUGGCAGCAGCUGCUGAUGUUACAGACAGCGCCUUGGCCUACUUCCUGACAGCAGAUGUCUUCAUCAUUGUCUGCAUUGUGGUAUACCUGAUUCUUCCCAAGUUGGAAUACUCCAGGUACUACAUGAGAAGCCACAAGGGUAGCACACACCCAGCUGGUGUAUUGCCUAGCAGUUAUUUAGAGGGAGCAGAUGAAUCACAAGGCAUUACCAACAGCUCAUUUCCAGCCAAAGGGACCAGUGUCCAAAAUAUCCCACCCUUACGUCCUAUCCUGAUGAAGACUGCUGUCCUGGGCUUCUGUGUCUUCUAUGUCUUCUUCAUCUCUAUCAUCAUAUUUCCUUCCAUCUCCUCCAGCAUAGAAUCUGUCAACAAGGACUCGGGGAGCUUAUGGACCAAUAAGUACUUCAUCCCCUUCACCAGUUUCCUUUUGUACAAUUUUGCUGACUGGUGUGGACGGCAAAUCACCGCCUGGAUCCAGGCCCCUGGCCCAAAGAGCAAACUGCUCCCUGCUCUGGUCCUCCUGAGGACUUUGUCACUACCCCUAUUCAUGUUAUGUAACUAUCAGCCUCGGAUCCAUAUCAAAAUGGUAAUCUUCAACAAAGAUGUCUACCCGGCUGUCUUCAUUGCACUCUUAGGACUCAGCAAUGGUUACCUGGGUACCUUAGCUAUCAUCUAUGGCCCCAAGAUCUUGCCAAGAGAGUUGGCAGAGGCAACAGGGGUGGUGAUGACAUUUUACCUGACAUUAGGGUUGGCGUUGGGAUCUGCCUGCUCAAUUCUUUUGGUCCAUCUAAUAUAGAAGAGAGGUGGGAGGGUGAGGGUGUUACCAUCAUCUUGGGCAGCACCAGAUUGAGGCCACCAGCAGUUGGCUGAAGAACCAGCUCCUUUCCUCAGGAAAUCUGUGAAGUUACAUUCCUGAACCUCUGAUCCUGAUCAGGUGUAGUGGGACUCGGAAAUCAUCAUGAAAAGCAGGUGGGCAGGAAAGUUGAGGGAAAGCAGCAGGGUUAGUUGCUGAACCUGAAAGUCAGGUGAAAUGCUCCUUUUAAGAAGCUCAUAAAAGGAGUGCCUAGCUAGUAUGGGGAGAAACAAAGCAUCUGCAGAGAUUCUCUAGGCUCAAAAAGGAGCUUAAGAUGUACCCUAUUCCUUGCUGUCACUAUGUCUGUUAUCGCUUUGGUCUUAUAUUAACUAUUUCCUGGCUUCCCAAGCAUGAAGGCUGACUAAACUGGUUCAAGUUACUGCUAAUGGUAGAAGUGAACUAAUAAUGAGUUUUGUAAAAGAACCCGAACAAAUAAACAAGCUCCCCCCACCCACCCCCCCCGGUUUGUGGGGAAAUUCCCACAGGCUGUGCCAAAGGGGGUUAGUCCAGAAUGCCAAUCGUGAUGGUGUGAAAGCUUCAUCUCCAGGAACAACUCAUUAGGUCAGGUGGAUGCGCACCAAAUGUUGCUCUUUUCCUUCCACCCACAAUUCUGCCUUCUUUCAUACAUCUGCUGGACCUAACAUUGCAAGACCUAACAUUUUCAGAUGCUUCAGUAAGCCCCACUAUUUUCUGCUGGACAAUUUAAAAGGACACUCUUGGAGGAUUUGUAAUUGUUUUAUUACUGAAUUAAUGCUGUGGGACCUUGAAAAUUAAAUCUGUUUCCCUGUGGAAUACUUCCCACAUAUGAUGUACAUAAACACUGCUUUGUUAUUUAGGAUUGCUUAUUACAGCUGACAUUGGUUUCCCUUUGUACUGCACCAGUGCAUAGGUGGUGGGAAUUUGAGUGUGUGACUUCUGCAGAAGCCCUCGAGGCAGGUGAGGCUGCCCAGCUGCCUGCACGUAGGUGAUGGUCGAUGCCUUUCGCACCUGAGAACCAGGAAAGGGAUGCAACCAGAUGACAUUUCGUCCAGGAAGCAGGACAAAGAGCGGAGGAGGAGCAACGGGCGUGUUGGAGGCCAGGCAACAGAGUCCAUGGCAGUCUGCUGUGGGGAACUGGAAGAGGGGGAGUCCAGGCUGUCUGGCUCAGGGAUCCCCUAAGAUGGACUUUGCUAAAACUCACUGAUUUCUGUGCUAACAAGUUCUGUUCUAUGCUGUGUACCUGUCAACUAAUAAACCUUCCAUUUUACAAUGCUGGCUGAAAGUCAUGUCUGACUGCGGAGUUGGGGUGCAGGGCCCUUUGGUUUCCCCAGGAACCCCAGACUUCUUGCCCUGGCAACAGUGGCAU